AAGCAGACGCGCCGUCGUGGCACCUAGAUUGAAGUUGUGGCAAAUGUUGAAAACAAAUUAUGCGUUUGGACAUGCAUGUGUCACCCCAGAGGGUCAAGAGUUAAGGGUUUUUUGGUCCUUGUGCAACUAGCUACAAUGGAGACCCAUGCCACAACCAAGUGCUCAGCAAGCACAUUGCUUCACCAGUACGCCGCAUUGACUGUGUCGGUGCCACACAGUCAAGACCCUGUGCUAGUCACCUAGUCCAUCAUCGUCCACAGCCGGUGUUGAUCGCCUUGAGAUGGUUUUCACAGCCAAAGAUGCAGUUGACCUUGUUAAGUUCGGAACUCUUAUAUAAUCAUUCCUAGAGCUAGACUAAGUCACCUCCGCAGGAAUUCAGUGAGAUGGCAACAAAAGAACUUUGAUUUAGACCCUUUAUGUUCUACUCAAGGGCAUGGAAGCUCAGUCUGUGCAAUGGCUUUCGAUCAAUGCUCAUGGAGUUCAUCAAGUCACCAUUUACCGACCUCUUUGGGUCAAACCGACCUCCUUAGGGCAAGACCUCCUUGCAGAAAGGCCGACCCCCUUGAACAGGUUUCUAUUUUUGACCGGGGGCCUUGUUACUUAGUCCCGCUGCCUUGAUUUGAAAGCGGAAAGUCCAGUCCACCGUUGGGUGGGUCGAACAAUGGCCUCACCGAAAAGGGUCCAGAGGGAACCUGGCGCUGUUCUUGGUUGACACUGCCGAAAUUGGAAUGAGGAGAGCGUGUGAGUAGAAUCCUCUUUUGCUUGCUGCGUGUUUUGUUUGGUCGCAGGUCUGCCACUUUAGCCAGUGAAAGGGUCCCAGGCAUAAUGAGCUUCCCCAGACGAAAGCGUGGUGACCGCUCCUUAGCGAAAAGCAUUUGCGGUGGAGCUGAGUCAUUUCUUCUCUAAGCAAUCGUAAAAAAUCACAGCCCUGGUGCAGCUAGGAGCGGCUGGAUCUAAACAUCACCAACACGUCAAUACAAAUGCAGAGCCUGUCGCAUUGCCCUGCAGCCUGCAGCCACAUUCAUGGUGCCGGGUUGCUGGCCGUGUAGCACAUAGUUACCCACAGAGAAAUCGCCGGAGCAGAAUUUGCCCUCGUUUUUUGCGUGACAGUGCCUGUGGGUUUUGUGGCCUGAAAGAGACUUUGAGAUUCUACAAAGGUUGUGAUUGACUUGGUGUGGUACGGCAAAAAGUUUCAACGCAACCUGUCUCGUGAAACCGUGUUGCAAGAGCCAAGCCUUUUUGGCAAUGAUCAUGCAUGGGACGCACUUGUCCGCAUGGUGUGAAGAUCAUCUUCAACCAUGCCAAGCGACAAGGCCUUCAUUGAUUCAACACAUGUGAUGUGCGUCCUGGCCUUCUGCACCGUCGCCAGUCGACUGAUCGUCGCCGAGUCGUGCCGCCAAUCGUGAACCACACGGCAGAGAGUGGCCUGGUUUGGACGACUCGCUGACGAACGGUGGAGAUCUUAAGGUCCGAGUCCCGCACCCGGAGGGCUGUGUAAGAUCUCCAGUACUUUCGGUCGGGGUCGGUGCGAGACAUUGCACCUGAAGUUGCUGGAGCUGAUGUCUCAAAAGAUGCACCACCUGAGAUGCAGGGGCGGUUGAAAACCGCGCCCCACAAGAGCUGCACAUGGGCAGCUGUAUGGAGCUUUCAUCCAAGAGAAGUGUUGUUUUUCCAAGCCCCAGUUGGUUGAGCCCAGUGAUUCGAACAGGACUGUCAGCUCUCUCUUUUCCCAGGCCGUACAGGCCGUACCGAGCCCGGACUUGAAGGGAUGGGACUGUCAGCGCCGAAGCCACAAUGGAUUGGACGGUGCGUUCCAAGCACCAAGACUGCACGAACUUAGAUUAAAAGAGUCCAAUCCCAUGAAUCCCUACAUGCUCCCCUUCCUUGGGAGACCAGCUGCGUCCUGCUGUCAGCCCCGCUCCGCUGGCGGAGCCGCACACGGCGGGACCGCCCUCUUCGUGGCGGCCCUGGCCGAGCUUUGCCGUGCUGCGACCUCCGCGGAGGUCGACCGCAGCGAGGUCGAGGGAGUUGGAACGGUGAAGGUGCCGCGGUGAAGGUGCAGCGCUUCAGGGACCUUCGGCCGGUGGAAGUCCCUGUGGAGCGAAGAGAGCGAAUCGAUUUUGCAGAUUAAGACCACCAGGUGUGGCGAAUUAGACUUGGCAGAAUGAACUUGAAUCCGAUGAUGGUGCUACCACCAUUGCUGUUCUUGAAAGAAGCCUUUCCGAGCAACAUGCCGGAGCUAUUGGCAGCUUGAGAUAUAAACCCCAUCCUUCCAAGCCUUUGACAGUGAGUUUGGGUAAAGCUGAUGAGAUGAGUUGACCUGCUCAACACAGAUCCACUCGUCGCCGUCGAGAGACGCCCUCCGAGGUGCGAGAAAUAGUUGGUAAGAAUGAACAUGUCGACCGCCAUCACGCCUUGUGAACACCUCAUACCGCCGUGUGAAGGUCCCGGCGUCACGCCACGAUGACGGCGGUAGGCCUCCCCCGUGCGCCGGUCCGUGCGAUGACGACGGUGUGCUCACGUCGUGGGAACGGUCACUGGCUCACCGCCUCACCAGGUCGGGUUGGGGGUCCGCCGUCGUAGCGCUGUGGGGCCGUACUGAGAUGUGAACGAUAUAUGCUUAAGUACUCAGACUCCAAAAGGCCACAGCUGCCUGUGAUUUAGGUGUGUCUGUGAUUUAGGAACGCAGGAACUGCCAUGGUCUCAUGCUAGAAUGCCCUGCUGUUGAGAAGAUACCCUAAUUAGUAAGAAUAAGAUACACAAGCAACAUCCUUGUGCAUAUAGCCUGAUGUUGACUCCAAUCGCCGAUCGGACCAAACUCCCAUCAGCAUGUUUGUUCCGCCUCCCGUUGCUUCGCGACGUGCCGAAGCGCAGACGUACCUGGGUCAGCCGUCUCGGUGGCUUCGUUGCACCCAAAGCGUGGAGGGCGAGAGGAAGGGUAGACGGGCUCUGGUUGAGCUGCUCGAUGUGUUUUUGUGGAUUUAGCAGGACCUUAGUGAACUCUAGGGCAGGUGGAGCCGAGUGGUGGUUUGUGAGAUACUCUUGGUAAAAUCAUGGCCAUCCCAACGGGAGUCCAGCAAAAGAAAGGCUACUAAUCAAUUGACCCAGAAGCUCCACCCGUUGAUUGCGGAUGUGGGGGUGUGACUUGGUGUUGGCGCCCAUCACCUGAGCCUUGCAAGCACUGUUGAGCUGUUGUUCCAAAGAGGCCCCAGUGAGCUUGGAAGUGGGCAGAUCUCCUAGCCAGGAGUCACCCCAAACAGUGGCUUGCAAGAGGUGCUCCCAAGGAUCUAUUAUAUCUAUUAUCACCAGAUUGCCCUCAGAACAAAGGCGGUACGGCGUAGCUUUGGGAGUUGGCGCUUGUGCCGGAGCACAGCUGCUUAAGAGAGGUUAGGGAUGCUUCAUGGAGGUAGUCGGGGUGCCCAUGACCCACUCACCCCGACAUGUGACUCCUGGGCCUCCUGGGUAGGAGUCCUUUAAAGCCACCGGAACGGCGGCGGCUCUUUUGCCCGAAGACUCGGAAGACCUCCGCGGCGCGGGGGUGCUGAAGGCACCUCCGGUUCCGUCACAGGUUCCGUAAAACAGACUUAGCCUGGACAGUCACCUGAAAAAAAUAGCACUCCCGCAAGUGCUGCCAGGUUGUGUGUAGGCUGUGCAUGUGUCAAAUGGCACCAAGUUCCAAGUGCCUUGGCUUGAAGUUGUGGCUUGAUAAGGAGUUUUUGGAUGGAAGGUUGUUGGAGUCGCACCGAUGAAGGCUGGCUCCUUCCAAAGCUUUUUGCUGGCAAUUCACUUUAGCAACCGUGAAGACAAGAGCAACUCCUGCUGAGUCAUUUUUGGCAGAGCAACAUAUGUUUUGACACGGCCAGGGCGCCGUGGUCGAGCUGUUUGCGUGAGGUCAGAUACAGGCAUGCAAGACACGGAUUUGAGAGCUGCAGUUUGAGAAAGACUCUCAAAGUCAUCUAGACUAAGCCUGCCUGCCUUUCAGGGACAGGCUCAGCUAGUCGUCGACAAGUGUUGAUCAGAAAUUCCCAGCUGCGGAAUAGGCCAAGACUCCGUUAAGGCAGCUCAUGGGAAUUGUGGAUGUUGCUUUGAAAGGAUGAGAAGUUGUGAAAGGAUGAGACGAAGAAGGCCCUUUCCAAGAGGGUCUACACAUUAAAGCUCAGACAGUUUCGUUUUUUCAAUGAAUGGAUCCAGUUUUUGUCAGACUGGCUUGGACAGUCAAAAACCCACUUUCGGGGGCCAGAAACAAGGUCAAGGUACCACGUGAGUGAAGGUGCUUGGCCAAGGUGCUCCCCAAUCUCCCCUAUCCACCAUUCUCAGAGCCACUCUUGACUGGAGACACUUGCAUUGCUUGUGUCGCCACUGGGAUUUCCCAUUUGGCUGUGCGGUUGUCGGAAGGGAACAUGGCUUGAUGAGAAUCAACGGCAUUCUUUGCGCGAGUUCCCCGUGGCCGACAGGGUGCGCGCGUGCGGCCACCAACAUGGCGGGGAGUGUGAAGAAGAGGUUGAGCUGCCAAGGAAUGCAAAAAGACUUGGUCUUAAAGGCUUAAAGCUAAGACUCCAACCGUGGAUGGAUUUGCCUUCGCUUCAGAGCUUGGCAGUGGCAUUUUGUUCCCUGAUUCUAUCUGAAAGACACGAGGCAGCUGUGCAGUGCGCCAAGGAAUGGCACGGCAAAGUCCAUCGGCCGUUGAUUGUAGAGGGAUUCAGUUAUCAAAGAGGAUAGUCCCACCAGUAAUUCUAAGGUUGGGUCAUUAGGAUAUUACCUUGACAGUAAAACCCCUGACAAGAGCAUGUGAGUGGUGGAUUUUGAGCAUGCCGUGGGCUUGAGCGAGUCUGUUGAUCGUGCGAAGGAGAGGAGCUUCGUAGUGAUAUCGACCACAACAGAUGCAACAUGAUAAGCCCUUGUUGGCAGUUGGCAGUGCAGAAGAUGCAAUGGGUUGCUUAUUGAACAGAUAGCUUUUGACACCCUCCCGGAGGUUGAUGUCACCUGCUGGCAAAGGGUGAUGUUGUUAGGAGACAUGCUGUCCAUGUACAGUGAGGCUGUUAAGUGAGAUUGUGAUUCCCACUCGGGGAAGGACAUGGAGCCCGAUCUUGAGGCACAAGAAUUUUGCCUAAAGUUUUAAAAACCUGAAGCACUCACAAAGAUCUUAACCGUGAAGUAGUCAACUUAAACUAUCCGAUACCUUGACGAAAAGUUCAGCCCUUCCCUUGGCGUUCUUGAAGGAUAACCUCAUCCAAUUUCUUUCAUAGUGCAGAUAACUUAAACUGAUGUGUGUCAUCCACAUCCAACGUCGUCCAACGCUGCGGCUCCGGCAUCCUAAGAAUCGCGCAAAAGAACGUGGUUUCGUUGCCACAUCCCAGUUCCAUUCCCAGUCAGACGCAGAAAAAAGAUGAGUGGAAACCAUUUCACGCAACGUCGCGAUUGAGGUCUGACUGUUGACUCUUGGCCAAAAUUGACUUCUCGAUGCCCUGAACACACAGCUGAUUCUCAGCUCUUGAGCUUGAUGCUUCACCCAGCUUGAGCGGAAGCAAGGCAACAUACCUGGUGCACGCCACAAACCCAGCCUUCCCAUGGAGGGGUGUCGUUGGUCGAUGGGUGGAGGUGCUGAGCCGUGGUGCAGGUGGGCUGCAUGUGCCAUGUGAUUUUGUGGUCAGGCAUGGUGCAAGUGCAUUCAUAUGCAAUUCCUGCUUCAACAAUAUUCAAUAACAAAACCAUUCCCAAAUGCGCUGGGGUUGGCUUUUGCGAUGCUCCGACCGUUUUUUUGAUAGCUCCCAAAUCACCCAUAGACAUGGAUUUCAUACAUUGGAUCAUGCAUUUCAUGGCUUAAGAACAAGAGGAAAGCAGCUUCCCCAGUGACCCUUUCCUUUUCGACGGCACCCUGGGGCAGGUGCUUGCCGGCACCCUGCGCGCGCCCGCCGAGUUGCGGCGGCUGGGCCCACCUGUGUAGGCCCGGCCGCGAGCCAACGUUUGGAGGCCGCUGAGGUGCACAGUGAGAUGCCCCUUUUUUCGUCCCUGCACUCGCUGGACGACGCAUCCGAGAGUGAGAGUGAUGAUGCCACGGGGCCGCCAAUGGACACCUAUUGGAUGGAAGGAGGCGAGUUCCUGUGGCAGGCACGACGAGAUCGGUUCCUGAUCUGGUGCCCUGGUGCCCUGGCGGCCGCCACCGCCCACCGGGCCAAAGUGCAUGCCUUCCAUGAAGCUCACGCUGAUGGCCUGGGCCUCGCUGGGACUGUGGAGCUGCACUUUGCAUCUCGUCCAGAGCUGCAUGCCAAUGCCAACCACAGGCGCCCACCGCAUGGUACGCCUGACACCGUUGCUGCGAGCUGCGGUCGGACGUCACCGGGCGAGCGCCGCCGGCGGGUGCAUCGGCUGGUCGCCCUGACCAUCGAUUCGCAGCUCUGACCACGGCCGACCUGGUCAUCAUACCGUGUCGACCUAUAGACCGAGCUCGAUGCGAGUUGGAUGCGAUGGGAGUCUUUGGAAGAAAUGACCGGCGGUGGUGCCGAUCGACCUUCACCUCCGUAUGACCUGCACCUCAGUCCAAACGACCCGAGUUGACCGUGAGACACGAAUCAGGUGUCACACUGGUUCUUCAAACUUUAUUGCUUCAGCCUGCUUCAGCUGGAGCUUCGCUUCGCCCCACACCCUGAGCCCCAGUGCUUCGUUUGGCCCGCGGAACGUGGCUCCGCACGGGGUUCCGUGGCUCUCGUUGGAUCUAAGACCGAACUUGUCUCGGCAAAAGCGACGACCGCGCCAGACCAACUCGUGGGGUCGGAGCGACUGGGACGAAGGGUUACCAAGGAAGACCGGC